GAACUCAAAAUGAUAAAUAUUCUCCCAAUGAAGAAUAUUUUCUUGGCAAAGAAGAUUUUCUUAAUGACAAUAGUCCUUAUUAUAAUGACUUUUAUGACAAAGACCCUAAUAAUAAAGAUCUUUAUAAAGAAGACCCUUAUAAUGAAGAUCUUUAUGACAGAGACUUUUACAAUGAAGAUCUUUAUGACGAAGAUGAUUUUUAUGAUGAAGAUAAUCAAAUGAAUUAA